AUGCGCCUCGUCCCGCUCGUCCUCGGCGCGCUCGCCUCGCUCGCCACCCACGCCCUCGUCCUCGACCUCGCCGCAGACGCGUCCGCCGUCCAGGACGCCCUCGCCACGCCCUACGACUACAUCGUCGUCGGUGGUGGAACAGCCGGUCUCGCCGUCGCGUCUCGUCUCGGCGCUGGCGACUCGAGCAGCACGGUGCUCGUGCUCGAGGCCGGCGGCAACGGCCAGGGCGACCCCCGCGUCGAUAUCCCGGGAUUUGCGGGUGCGGCGCUCGGCACGCAGUUUGACUGGGGCUUUUCGACCACAUCGCAGAGCAACGCCAACGGUCGCUCGGUCUACUGGCCUCGCGGCAAGGUCCUCGGCGGCUCGUCGGCCAUCAACUUCCUCGUCUCGACUCGCCCGAACGCCGCCGAGCAGGACAUCUGGGCCAACCUUGCCGGCAGCUCGGCGUGGACCUGGAACUCGCUCCUGCCGUACUACAAGGCUGCCGAGAAGGGUUCGUCGCCCGGGUCCAACUCGCAGGCUCAAGUUCCGACCUGGGCCGCCGCCUCGCACGGCACGUCGGGCCCGAUCAAGACGUCGUUCGCCCCGUACAUGGCCAGCUCGUUCGCGGCCUUCUUCAAAGCCCUCCGCGCUCGCGGCAAGCCCGCCGCCACCGACCUGCACUCGGGCGCCAAUGCCGGCGUCAACCACGCGCCGUCGACUAUCGACCCGUCGACGCACACGCGGUCCUACUCGGCCGACUCGUUCCCCUCGCCCACAGUUGCUCUCGCCUCGAACGUGGUCGUCGUCGUCAACGCGCAGGUGACGCAGAUCGACUGGCGGGCGGGCACGACCGGUGACGUGGUCGCCGACGGCGUCUCGUUCGUCCCGACUGGCGGCGGCGACACUCUGAGCGUCACGGCAACUCGCGAGGUCAUCCUGUCGGCCGGCGCGGUCCAGUCGCCGCAACUUCUCGAGCUCUCGGGCGUGGGCGCCCCGUCGAUCCUCAACCCGCUCGGCAUCUCGACCGUCGUCGACCUUGCAGGCGUCGGCGAGAACCUGCAGGACCACCCGGAGAUCGUCGACGUGUACCGCCUCAAGCCGGGCAUCCCGUCGCUCGACCAGCUCUCGGACGCGACCGUCAUGGGCGACGCCCUCGCGCAGUACUCGACGGGCCAGGGCAUUCUCACCGAGGCGCUGUACCCGCUCGCGUUCCUCCGGCUCGGCGACUUCCUCACCUCGACCGAGCGCGCCGUCGUGUCGACCCUCGGCAGCCAGGCCAACAACCCGCAGCUCAACAGCCGCCAGUUCUCGGCCAGCUCGCAGAUGUACUCGGCCAACGUCCCCGUCAUGGAACUCCUGUCGAUCAACGUCUACUUUGGCGACUCGUUGGCCGAGCCAGGUCAGGCCUACGUCUCGCUCGCCGGGGGCCUCCAGCACUCGCUCAGUCGUGGCAGCAUCCACAUCGCCUCGUCGAACCCGCUCUCGCCACCCGUCAUCGACCCCAAGUACCUCCAGUCGCCGCUCGACACGUACCUGCUCGCCAAGGCCGGCGCCUACCUGCGCAAGACGGCCGCCCAGGCCAAGCUCGCCGCCGUCGUCGCGAGCGAGAAGGAGCCCGGCCUCGCCGUCCAGAGCGACGACGACUGGAUGACGUGGGUCCGCAGCACGGUGCGCACCGAGUACGUACCACCCCACCCGGUCGGGACGUGCUCGAUGCAGCCGCGUCAGUACGGCGGCGUCGUCUCGCCGUCGCUCAAGGUGUACGGCACGGCCAACGUGCGCGUCGUUGACGUCUCGGUCGUCCCGAUCCACGUCUCGUCGCACACCCAGUCGGUCGCCUGUGCGUCCCCCUCUCGCUCUCUUCUCUUUCGUUCGGCAGCCUCGUCGAGGAUACUGACUCUUGCCCUCACCCUCGCAGACGCGAUCGCCGAGAAGGCGGCGGCGCUCAUCCUCGCCGGGCAGUAA